CGAAAUUUACCCCCAUAUCGGGACAAGUUCUAAAGCCUUCGCCAAUGAAUCCAGCAAAAGUUGCUGCUCCCCGUCUGAAUGAAGAUGUCGUCCCGUGAGAAUGCUUGGUAAUAGGAAACAGAGGACGAAGCUUUCCAGUUAAGUAACUAUACGUGGUUGCAUGUAUGGGUACUGUUUUACCUUUGGUGUGUAAUAUGUGUAAGCUUUCCCUUUCUUGAAGUAAACGGCGUAGUUUCUUUAGUUAUGCUAUGCUUACUACCUGAGAUUAGGGUUGACUAUUUGGUCUGGACUGUUUGGUUUUAUCUGAAAUCGGACCGUAUAACUCGGACCGGACUGGGACCGGAUAUGAAACAAUCCAAUCUCAUAUUCGGGCUUAGAUUUGAGGUAAAAAAAAACCCCGGAUAAGAGACCCCCAACACCUAAAAUCAAGAUCAAAUUGGGACCGGACCGGGUCAAGAUCGGACCGGAUUGUAUCCAAUCCAAUCUUUGGUCCUUAUAUUCCCAAUUUGAUCUAAUUUAACCGGACUUGACCAUAUAGCCACCCCUACCUGAGAUCCCUCCAGAAUUUGAUUUGUGUUUUGACUUCUCGAAGAAUUCUUUUUUUUUUCUUUCUUUCUAGGAUUCUUCUGCUGACAGAGGCGAGGAAGAGGAGGUCGACUGACAGCUGAAAACAAAUGGAGUAGCGUGUUACCUGCUAUAGUUUUUCAACGCGCAGAUGUGGACUUUGCGUCUGGCUGUGGGCCAUGGGAAUCUGGGCGGGCUCUGGAGCAUGUUUGGACUGUAAUGGGCCUGUAGUUUUCGUGAAUCAAGUUUUCUCAAUUCACACUGGUCUGAUCUGGCAUUCGCUUCCAUUGUGUAUAAAUCUGAAAAUUAUUACAAAACUGUUAUAAAAAUAAACAAUAAAGGAGUAAAACACUAGUUAAAUUAAUAGAUAUGCAUCAAAAUAGUAAAAAUGUCGCGAAAAUGUACGAGAUAAUGUUUGGGAAUAGAAUUUAAUUGGCAAGUUUACUCUUUAUGUUGUCCCUUAGAAUGGGAAGGACAUAGCUAGGCUUGGCAAACACAUAAAUUUUUUAUUUAUUCGAGGAGGCAGCAUGCGGGAGGGUCGCGUUUCGAAUUGGCUUUGUCCUCUAUGUCGAUAAUACCAGCGCGUGAUUCAAAUCGAUGUCAAUCCUCAGCUCCACAAUCGUAUCUCCACUACAUUCAUAAUUUGGUUCAUGUAGCUAAUUGAUACAUUCCGACUACGAAGCAGGUUGUUGAUUUUCUCACAAACUUUUUUCACGAUUAGUCGACAUUAUUGAUUUCUCUCUAGCAAAUUGAUACUCCAGAGCGAGGAUCAUCAAUUUCGAGAUAAGUCUGUUAAAUAACCAUGUAUUAGCUAGCCCGUGUAUUUUGCACAGCCCAAAUAUGUUAGGGUGCAAUCCAUGUACCAUGCACGUAGUGCAAGUAGCCUCACCUUUCCACGGUAAGUCGAAAACCCUAGUUGAGCAAAGCUGUGACCGCCGUUAAGCCAACAUAAUCAAGUCGCCUUUUCUGUCAAUUCCUCGUGUAGUACGUACUUACCAUUGUAACCAAAGUAAAUAAAUACUCCCCAUUGCAACGCCCAAUAAUUAGUCUCGCUCGCCACUUCCACCUCUUUCUUCUCUAUCGCUCCAACCAAAAUAAACAAAAAAUGCCCACACUACCCUUCUUCUGGAGAAACCUUCUCCUCCAAUGCCUCCCCACCACCGCUCCUGCCCCGUUCCCCUCCGAACCGGCCGGACCCGACCCGCCUCAUCCGCCCUACGCCGAUGCCACGUCAUCCAUUGUCUUCGACAUUCCCUCCUCCGCCGCCGCCGCAGCCACCGCCACAUCCUCGGAGUACUCCGAACAUUCCGACCACUCACGGCCUCCCCCGGAUUUCGCCGCCGCCUUUGCCUCCCGGCGCUUCUUCUUCUCCUCCCCUGGCCUCUCCAACUCCAUCUUCAAAUCCCAUCGUCCCGAUGAGGAAGUGAACCCUCCUAGUAGUCGGCCGCCGCCGGUGGACGGGGGCGUGGUGGCGGUGAAGAAAUACUCGCCGGAUCCGUACUCGGACUUCAAGAAGUCGAUGGAGGAGAUGAUAGAGUCGCGGCGGAUCGUCGACGCACGUGGGAAUUGGGAUUACUUGCACCAGCUGCUCUCCUGUUACCUCGCCAUGAACCCAAAGAACACUCACGGUUACAUUGUUUCCGCCUUCGCCGACACCGUCGUCGGAUUGCUGCCGUCGCCGGCUCCUAUUCUUCCUCCUCCUCCGCCGCCACCGGAAGGUCCCCGGCGGCAGUGCUGUAGCAGUAGUAGUAUUCCCUAGUUGGAAAUUGUGCAACAUUACAUAAUGCAUUUAUUUUAUGUGUUCUUUACUAUGUUAUUUUCAAUAAUAAGGGUAAAUGCCACAUUUGGUCACUGGAAUUACUAAAUCAUGUCAUGUUUAGUCACUAGAACAAAUUAAUAUCAAUUUUGUUCACUCGAAUUACUAAAACACGUCACAUUUAGUCACUCUCCCGUUAGUCUCCGUCCAACUCCGGUCACUCGAAUUACUUUUUUUAUUUAUGAAUGUCACUCGAAUUACUGAAACAUGUCACAUUUAGUCACUCUCCGGUAGCCUCCGUCCAACUCCGAUUACUCGACUUACUUUUUUUAUUUAUGAAUGUCACUCCGUUAACGAAGUUGGACGGAAACUAACUGGAGAGUGACUAAAUGUGACAUGUUUAAGUAACUCAAGAGACCAAAAUUGAUAUUAAUUUUUCUAGUGACUAAACAUGACAUGAUUUAGUAAUCUCAGUGACCAAAUGUGGCACUUACCCAAUAAUAUAUGAAACAAGAUCUACUCAAUGCGACUGGAGUGUACGUAGUGGAACUAAGAAAACUAUACAAUUUAGCUUGCUGGCCAUUAAUUGAUACCUCCAGCUGAAACGGCCAGAAUCUGAGAAACAGUCGUUAUAGUUUCAGAGAGUGUUCAGAUUCUGCUAUGUGUUGAAUUGGUUUAAUUUGGGAAAUUUUGGUUUUCAGUUUAGAAUGUGUAAUUAACUGUGUUCACUAAAGCGUAUCGUAUGGACAGUUCGGCUGCAAAAAAUUGUUUGUCGAAACUCAUUCCAGCAUAUUUUUUAUUGGUAUGUAAUCGUAAAAUUAUAGUUUAAUUAAACACAAAAUAGUCUAUCAUUAACUCAUCCAGUACCGCUUUAAUACAGUUUUACAAAGCUUGGUUAUUACCUAUCUGGCCGGCAUGUAAUCAAACAAAUAACGCAUGAGUAGAAAGGCCAGAGAGGUUAUCUAUAUGGUUUUGUCAUCGCUACACCCACUUUUUUUAGUGCAUUCAACCAAUCGUCUUAUAAUCGUCAUUAUGAGAAGGCAAUUCAUGUCAAAAUAAUGUGAAUCAUCACUUGUGAUAUGAUGGACGAAAAAAAUAUGAAUUUGCACAAAAAUUCAGCAUUUACUUUGAUUUGAAGGUUUUAGAGUUUAGGGGUUUAUGGUUUAGGGUUAGAGUUCAAAAUUGAAGGCUUAGGGGUUAGGGUUAGGGAUUGAUUAAUAUUUAAAAAAAAUCUAAUAGAUUGGUUAGUUGGGAUCCUAUGUUAUAUCGUCAUAUCAGACGUAUGCUACCAAUUAAAAUUCAAAAUUCGAUGUCUUAUGACUACUUUUAGAGUUGAGUGCAGUUUUAAGACAUCAAAUUUUGGAUUUUAAUUGGUAACGUUCGUGUGAUAUGAUGAUAUAACAUAUGAACACAUAGGGCUACCGGAUACCGAAAACAUACAGUGUACCCACCGAAUACCGAUACCGAAUAUUAACCGGUAUACCGAAUACCGAAUGCCGAGUAAUACAUUGAGAGGACGUUUAGCGAGCCAUGAACAAUAUACUUCAACGGACAAGGCAAGUCAUGAACAACAUAACCACAAAGAAACAAAAUGCAGCGCUAUGCCAGCUCCUGGAACACAUAGUAGGUUUUGUCAUUUGUCAUUUGAUGUGAUGCCUACACACAUGUUACAACUUAAUACCAGUAAAAGGGAAAGCUGAGAGAGUCACAAAACCGUCCCACUAAGUGAACCACAUUGUAAUAAAGUGUAAAUAAAACA